CGCUAAUCAUAAAACAAUACCGUUGAAGUGCACCGCUGGAAGUGCAAGUAUGGUGUCAUGUAAAACUAGGUCAUCUUCCUAUUCUUCUCUCCACCAGCAUUUACAUAACUGAUUAUGUAACAUUCUGAAAUUAUACACCAGUUCGUAAUUUAUGUAAGAAUUUACAGGAUAUUUAUCCAGAAGACAACAAUUGCCUGCACUGCAUCUGACUCAAAAUGGCGACGAUUUUGAAAAGGUGUUUACUAAGAUUUACAGAGAUACAGUAUGGUGGCAGGCAUAUAUACAAGUAUAUGAGUAGUACUGUUGGCAUGCCGACUAUAAUCGAUGUAAGACAACGUCUCUCAGAACGUGUUGGAAGAAAAGAGCCCUGGAGCAAAGGUGUUGAUAGAUUUGCAUCGUUAAAACCUGCAGAAUCUCAGGAUGAGCUACCGAUUAGAUCGAUGAAGGACAGCUACCAGGAAGCCAUUAUACCACUUGGGUCGGACGUUAAAUUAAGAGAAAAGUACAUGACAAUACACAAUAUAGUCAGGUUCGGAAGGAUCCUUGAAAAUCUGGAUACAUUUGCCGUAUGGAUUUGCUAUCAACAUAAUAAAAUUGAAGAAUGGAAGAACCCCCCAAUAGUUAUAGUGACAGCUCUGGUGGAUAGAAUUGAUUUACAAGUGAGAACCAUUUUAUCCGAUAAAGACAUUAUAUUGAAGGGCAAUGUCACUUGGGUUGGUGCUACUUCAAUGGAAGUCAAAAUGCACAUGGAGCAAAUACAGGAUGAUGGUAAUUGGAAACAGGUGAUGGAUGCUAGUUUCAUGAUGGUAUCCCGAGACCCCAUGAAUCAGAGGAAGGCAUUUGUAUGUCCUUUGAAAGCGGAGUCUGAUGAAGAAAAGCAACUACUCAUGAAAGGAGAGGACAACAGAAAAAGACGAAUCAGAGAAUCAAAAGAAUCUUUAUUGAAAACUCCCCCAAAUGCUGAUGAAACUGCACUAAUACACAGGUUAUUUCUGGAUACUUUAGAUCCUAUGUCAGUUACUUUUAAAGCAAGAGUGAAACCAGAUGGUGCUGUAUGGAUGGAGGAUGCUAAAUUGAAAAAUAUUAUAAUCUGUCAUCCUGAAGAAAGAAACUUGUACAAUAAGGUAUUUGGUGGAUUCUUGAUGAGACAAGCACUUGAGUUAGCAUGGGCUAACGCCUGGGUAUACUGUAAAUCCAGAACGUAUUUGAUUGCAGUGGAUGAUAUAGUAUUUCGUAAACCAGUCAAAAUCGGAUCAUUACUGUAUUUGGCAUCCCAGGUGGCUUACACAGAAGGAUGUUAUCUUCAGGUCAGAGUUCAUGCUGAAGUGGUUGACCCUACAACAGGUCAACAUGAGACAACAAAUGAUUUCCAUUUUACAUUCGAUAAACGAAGUCCUGUUUCGCCUGUAAUGCCCAAGACAUAUCCAGAUGCUAUGCUGUACUUGGAUGGCAAACGCCACUUUAGAGAAGCUGAAGUACCAUUGAACUCCUGUUGA